AUGGCUACCAUUUCCGGAGUGAACCUCUCAAGUCCAAGAAUCUUGGCCAAGGCAGCCCAGACACCUAAAGUACAGCCUCUCAAUGUUGGGUGGCUCCGCUGCUCGUGGAAGCAAUCGACCCGAGUUGGAGCCAUAAGGUUGAGAGUCCCACCGGUUCAUGCUGCACCGGAUAAGAUAUCGGAUAAGGUAGAAGAGAGCAUAAAAAAUGCGGAGGAGGCUUGUGCAGGUGACCCCGUGAGUGGCGAGUGUGCUGCAGCGUGGGACGAAGUUGAGGAAUUAAGCGCAGCAGCAAGCCAUGCACGUGACAGAAAGAAGGAAUCGGAUCCAUUGGAAAACUAUUGCAAGGACAACCCAGAGACUGAGGAAUGUCGCACCUACGACAACUGAGUAAUGAAAUGAUAUUAAGUUUUAGACAUUUUAUUUCAUCUACAUAUUGAUUUGAAUUAAAGUUAUUGGAUGACAUAUCGUUGUGUAACUUUUUAAAGUUGUUGAUUUUACAAAAGUUGCAUGAAAUGGCCAUAAACUUGUCUUAGUUAAAAGCUUUAGAUAUUAUCUAAUGUAUUAAUCAAGUAAAAAUAUUGCACUCUUUAUAGAUUAA